ACAACUUAUACAUCACUGCUGUUUAUAACAAAAAUGGGAAGGGUUAAUAUAAACAGCAGAAAAGGUUUAUUAUGGGUUGUAAUUGCAUCGUUAUUGUGGUGUUAUGUUGCUACGGCUUGUAAUUCAACAGCGACAAAACAGCAGCCAGCACAAGUGAAAGUGCCAUGCUUCUUCAUUUUUGGGGAUUCAUUGGUUGAUAAUGGUAACAACAAUGAUAUUCUAACAUUGGCUAGAGCCAAUUACAUGCCUUAUGGUAUUGAUUUCGCACAAGGACCUACCGGUCGUUUUUGCAAUGGUCGAACUUUUGUUGAUGCGUUAGCUCAACUUCUAGGAUUUUCGGACUUCAUUCCACCAUUUUCAAGUGCUAGGCGUAGCUCUCUAAUUAGAGGAGUAAAUUUUGCGUCCGGAGCUGCUGGUAUAAGAGAUGACACAGGCAAUAAUUUGGGGGCUCAUAUUUCAAUGAGCCAACAAGUUUACAACUUCGCAAGAGUUUUACAAGAAUUAAGAAGAAACUUCAGGGGAGAUGCGAGCGGCCUUCAAAAUUACCUUAGCAAAUGCAUUAUUUACUCUGGAAUGGGAAGCAAUGACUACCUCAACAAUUAUUUCAUGCCUGAAUACUACCCCACUUCUAACCAAUUUACCCCCGCAGCCUAUGCUAAUGCCCUUCUUCAAGAUUAUUCACGUCAACUCACGGAUUUGUACCGACUUGGAGUUAGAAAGGUGGUAGUAACAGGAGUUGGGCAAAUUGGGUGCAUACCCUAUGAACUUGCGAGGUCCAAUGGGACAGGACAAAGUCGUUGUAAUGAGGACAAAAACAAUAUUGUUAGUCUGUUUAAUUCAGGCUUACGACAAUUGGUUGAUGCCUUUAACAAUGGUCAACUACCAGGAGCCAAGUUCGUAUACUUGGACUCUUACCGGGCUGGCAGCGAAGUGUCCUCUAAUAGAAGAUCUUACGGGAUUGAGGUAAUAGACAGAGGAUGUUGUGGAGUAGGAAGGAACAAUGGGCAAAUUACUUGCCUUCCUCUACAGGCUUCCUGUGAAAAUCGAGACAAGUAUUUAUUUUGGGAUGCUUUUCACCCAACUGAGGUAGCUAAUGUGAUACUUGCCCGGAAAGCAUACUCCUCCAGGUCAACUACGAAUGCAUAUCCUAUAAACAUUCAACAGUUAGCAUCACUAUAAUUGAUAUUUUUGGUUUCAAAUAAUCAAGCAUCAAAAUGUAUCACAUUUUAGGAGUUGUAAUAUUAGAUGCUAUUAGUCCAUCCUGUUCGCCAUUUCCUUUCAAAAUUUGGAAGAGUUGGUUUCUGUUCUCAUAUGUGAACACAUGUACUCCAUUUUAAUUCAAUGAUUGCGAUUGUUAUUCCUUUCCCUA